UCCAAAAAAAAACAUUGUUCUCUCUAAUCUCGACCAAACGGCGAGUUUGACGGUUCCCCAAAACUAACAUAGUAUAGAAGAAAAAUCCCCUUAAAAAUGUAAAAUUUAUUUCAAAUGAAAUUGGCUCCUUUAUUCCCAAGGCGCAUGGGCCUUCAAAAAAAUAUUAAAGCAACAUGCGACAUAUGCUUGAAAAGACUGUGUUGGAAGAAUGUACUAUAGAUAUUGUAGUAGGCUAGAAAUCAAAGAAUUGAUCAUAGCAAUCGGAAAUUAAUAAACGGUCUCUUUCGGCACUGACAGUCAAACAGUCAACAAGUGUUUUUAUUCAGCUCCUACAUUUGGCGUACGAGUGAUUGGUGAUUUCUUUUCUGAAGCUUGAAAAUCAAGGACAAGGUCGGCGUUUCCUUCCCGCGGUAAUCAACCACCACAUUUCGGAAUAUGGCAUCGUUGAACUACAAUAUUUCUCCCUUUUGUGAAUCUGGUGUUGGCCUCAUCAGUUCUCGUUGGGAAGAAUGGAGGGAUCAAUUUAUUGCGUACCUUGACUUGAAGGGAAUAUCUGACGUUGAGGAGAAACACAAAGCACUGCUAUGCUUUGGCGGACCUGACGUGAGAAAGAUUGCUAAAGAUGUAGCCGUAAGCGGGAACCUAAUGGAUAACGCUUAUCGAUCAGUAUUGGAGGCACUGGACAACUACUACGCACCUCGGAUGACCUUACGUUAUGAACGGUUCAAAUUUCGACAAAUGACUUUCAACCCUAAAGAGAAGCUGGAUCAGUUUGUCGUGCGUUUGAGAGCUCAAGCUGCCGUUUGCAGUUUCGGAGAUCAAAGUGAGGACAUGAUAAUGGAUCAAAUAGUGUACGCGACUCAAACGGAUGAUAAACUACGGUCCAAAUACUUAGAGGUUGACACGAGCUUGGACGAAAUGUUGAAAAUCGGACGCACGCAUGAAACCGUUAAUAAACAGGUUCAAGAAUUUCGUUCCAACCCACUUGACAGCGCUGAGAUCAAUACGGUGGAUCAGUCUGUCAAACGCACGAAACCUAAACUGACCUGUGGCAGAUGUUUGGGAAACCACCUGGCUUCCGAUACGAUAUGUCCAGCUCGAGAAUCGCAAUGUAACCGGUGCAACAAGAAAGGCCAUUACGCACGAUGUUGCAGGAGUGUGAAGAAUCCGGUUCAAAACCAUCAACCAACGUCGAGCAACCGGAAGCGUCAAGUACAUGAUCGAGACCAUGGAAAUCGUUGUGAUCAAAAGCCGAAAUUCGUACGAGAAGUUGAUGACGUCACGAAGACAGCAGAAAUCCGUGAGCUGUUCCAUUUGGACGGAAAGCGUACGACGAUCUUAUCGGUCGGUGGAGUCAAUCUGCGGUUCAUUGAUGACACCGGCGCAGAUGAGGACGUGCUUAGUAUUGUAGAUUGGACGAUGUUGAAGCGGAUUGGGUUCGAGGCGUUUGCAAUUAGGAAAGGAAGUUCGAAGAUUUUCCAAGCUUACGGAACGAAGAAUCCAUUGACUGUACUAGGAGAAGUCGACGUGAUGCUGAGAACAGGAAAUGAGUCCUGUCGCACAACGUUGUUCGUGAUUCAAGAUGGUAAGCAUUCGCUGCUCUCCGGACGCAGUGCAGAGACACUUGGCGUGGUUAAGUUUCUGCGGUCAGUGAGUGACGAUACCUUUCCGGCUAUCAAAGACAUGUGUGCAUCCAUUAAAAUAGAUACAACUGUGCCACCUGUUAGACAAAGUUAUCGUCGCAUACCAAUUCCUUUGGAAGAAGUUACUAUAUUAAAACUGAAAGAAUUGGAACGUCAAGGCGUAAUUGAACGAGUGUAUGAGGCAUCAGAAUGGGUAUCGCCUAUGCUUGUUAAGCGGAAAAAUUCGAAUGACGUGCGAAUUAUAAUUGACCUUCGCGAAGCCAACAAAGCUGUUGUAAGAGAAGUCCAUCCACUUCCUACAAUGGAACAAAUGACGGCUAAAUUGCGAGGGAGCAAAGUUUUCGGGAAACUUGAUAUUAAACAAGCGUUCCAUAAACUUUUGUUACGAGAAGAUUGCCGAUAUAUAACAACCUUUAUAUCGCCACUGGGUUUAAUGCGAUACAAACGAUUGGUAUUCGGGUUAUCAGCAGCACCAGAACUUUUCCAGAAAUGCAUGGAAACCAUAUUAGCAGACUUUCCAUGGAUUGUGGUUUUCAUAGACGACGUCUUAAUACAUGCUCCGGAUGAAAAAUUAUUAAAUACCAGAAUGACUUUAGUGAAAAAUCGUCUCGAGCAAUCCGUGCUCACCACGGCUACCGUAAGCUGUCGACAGCUGCGCACGUCGCAGCCACCGAUGGGAAAACACUCUCGUUACCGACGACCGUGCACACCACAGUCGCCAGCUCGGAUACCAACAACCGUGCACGUCACGGUCAUCAGCCUGGAACACUUUCUCGGACGAAGGACCACGGCAAAUGCCGAUCUCGAGGAACUGCUGUGUCGCCGCCGUUUGCUCGCCGACGACGAUACACCAAGAGUGCCACCGAUUUAA